CCCCCUUCCCUGUCUCCCCCGUCUCUGUCUGUCUCUGUCUCUGUGUUUCUCCCACCCCAGCACAAUGAAAGCCGGGGUAUCUCCGUGACUCUCCCGACCAAGUGAGCCGGUAUCGGCCGAGCGGCUAACCGCAGACGAGAAAGAGAAAGGAAAAUAGCAGCUACUUUUUUUUCUCUUUUUUUUUGGGGGGGGAGGGGGUGUUUUGUUUGCUUUUCGGGUUUUUUUCUUUUUGGCUCAUGUCUAAAUCGGGGCCAUCCAGGAGACUCACGCUGGAUCCGGCCAGCCUCGGGGAUGGGACGCGCAAGCCCUGAAAGGCGAGGGGCUGGACACUGUGCGGUGCGCUGGGCUGGAAGUUUUUUUUUUAACCCCCACCUCCCCACCUCCCCUUCACCCUUCUGAGUGGCCGUUGGCAUCCCCAGCUGGUCCUCGAUCCAGACGCAGCCGGCAGUGUGACCAGCCGGAUGGGGGACACGGCUCCUCCCCAGGCCCCCGCUGGAGGGUUAGGGGGGACCCCCGGGGCGGGCCUUCUCGGAGGGGGCACGGCCCCCCGAGUGCACAGUGCCAUCGUGGAGCGUCUCCGCGCCCGCAUCGCCAUUUGCCGCCAACACCACCUGAGCUGUGAAGGGCGCUACGAGCGAGGCCGGGCCGAGAGCACCGACCGGGAACGCGAGAGCACUUUGCAGCUGCUCAGCCUCGUGCAGCACGGUCAAGGGGCCAGGAAGGGAGGCAAGCACGCCAAAGCCAACGCCGCUGCCAACCCGGCUCCCGCCCCCGUGGCACCCACCGCUCCGCCGGCGUCGGCCGCGGCCCCGCCACCGCCCCCGGACUACCACCACCAUCACCACCAGCAGCAGCAGCACCUGCUCAAUAAUGGGAGUAGCGGUAGCAGUGGAGCCGUCGACGGGGACCAGCCUCCGCCACCCGCCUCAGCCACCGGGGACCAGAGGAACUCGGCCCUCAUCGCGCUCCAGGGCUCUUUGAAGAGAAAGCAAGGGGUCAGCCUGUCAUCGACCGACAACAAGAGACCCAAUGGCAUCUCAGAGAACUCUUUCCUGGACAUGAAGAGGAUACGAGUGGAUAAUCAUCUCUCCAUAGGACAGAGCGGACAUCACAUUAACAAUGGGCAAAGCCAGCCGAUCUCCGGAGCCUUGGUUCUGGGUCAAGGGUCGCUCAGAAAGGGUGGCAACAUUGGGACCGGCACCCAUCCCACUGGCAAUGGGAUGUUCAACAUGGGCCUAAAGGAGGUCAAGAAAGAGCCAGGAGAAACCAUGUCUUGCAGCAAGCACUUGGAUGGCCAGAUGAGCCAGGAAGGCCUCUUCUCUAAUAGAUUUGGAGAUGACCCGGGGGAGCAGAUGAUGGACCCAGAGCUUCAGGAAUUGUUUAACGAACUGACCAACAUAUCGGUGCCUCCCAUGAGCGACCUGGAGCUGGAGAACAUGAUCAAUGCGACGAUAAAGCAAGACGACCCGUUCAGUAUCGACCUGGGCCAGCAAAACCAGAGGACCACCCCUAGGCCGCCCCUGCAGAUGGAGAAGAUAGUGAUCAAAAGCGAAUAUUCCCCAGGGUUAAGCCAGGGGCCCGUGGGCUCGCCUCAGAUGAGGCCUCCUUCCACGGGGCCCACCUUCUCCAUCUCCAGCACUUCCCUCUCCGCCUCUUCGCCGAUCUCCUCGGUACCUCAGAAUUCCACUCAGCCGCAGGUGUCUUCCGGCGCCACCCGGCCCCUGGCGAAUUGGCAGGAGGUAUCCCACGCCCAGCAGUUGAAACAGAUAGCCGCCAACCGGCAGCAGCAGCAGCAGCAGCAGCAACACGCCUUGAUGCAGCAGCAACAGCAGCAGCAGCAGCAACAGAACCCGCCUCCGACCUGGCCGGCCCUUUCCCCCUCGGGGCCUUCCCCGGGACCCUUCAUCCAAGAGAAGAUCCCCAGCCCUCCCUUCAGUCAGCAGCCAUUCGGUCCCCAGAGCACAGGGAUAGCUGGGGUCCCUGGGACUGGCAGCCAGUCCAAGGCCCUGAGUACCUUCAUCUACAAGGCCAACUCGGCCCCUCAGAGCAGCCACCUGGAGGGGCUCGUGCCGGGGAAGACUCCAGAUUUGGGCAGGAAUUUCCUAAGCAACACUCAUCCGGCCCUGGAGCCGCAUCACGGCAACACCAAGCCCCUGUUUCAUUUUAACUCCGAACCGGCGAACCAGCAGAUGCCUUCAGUUUUGGCUUCCCAAAACAAGCCUUCUCUUCUGCAUUAUACUCAGCAACAGCCCAACUCUGUCGUGGCGCAACAGCAGCAGCAGCAGCAGCAGCAGCAGCAACAACAACAACAACAGCAGCAGCAGCAGCAGCAGCAACAGCAACAGCCUCAGCCCACCCAGCCUCUGCAAAACCAACCCCUGUUAAGGCCCCCGAGCGUCCCCUUAGCGCUGCAGCAAAAGAUGAUGCUUCAGAAGAUGCAGCCUCAGCCCAUCUCAGGAUUGCCGUAUCCGGUUUCUCAACAGCACAGACAGGAUCAGCACUCUGUGGUCAGCCAGAGCUCAGGCCCGAGUUCGAGUCCCAGUUCCUGCUCAAAUCCAAACACUGGAAGUGGUUUCAUGAACUCCCAGCAAUCGAUGUUGAACCAGCAAUUGAUGGAAAAGAAACAGGCCCUGCAGAGACAGAUGAUGGAGCAAAAGCAGCUUCUCCUCCAACAGCAGAUGCUGGCAGACACGGAGAAAAUCACUCCUGCAGAUCAGUUAAACAGACAUUUGACUCGUCCUCCCCCAGAUUACAAAGACCAAAGAAGGAACUUGGUCAACAUGCAGCCAACAAGCCAGUAUUCCGGGGCUUCAGCAACUGUGAGCUUGAACUCCAACCAGACCCUGUCUAACCCAGUGUCCACCCACAGCAUCUUAACCUCAAACCCCAGCCUUCUGUCCACUUCACACGGAACCAGAAUGCCUUCUUUGCCCGCCGUUCGGAACAUCGGAGUGUAUGGCGGUCUGCCUUGCAGUCAAUCCAGCGCGUACCAAAUGGCCCAGCACAGGAACCCCAACCAACUGAUAGGGCAGACCAAUCCCAUGAUGCCCCGGGCCCCCGCCCUGGGGCCCGGCAGUGGCAGCGGCCCCAGCGGUGGCGUGGCCGCCUUCGGGGCCGGAUCGGCCGUCGGUUCCCAGCAAACGAGGCCUAACGUAAACCACGGGGCGACCAACGUCCCGGCACCCAGGCCGCCCAAUGUGCUGCUCGCUUCUGGCUCUCCGGCCCAGAACUGGGCCCCUCCGGAGGGGGCCGCGAAGCCACCGGAGGCCCUGAAGCCGACGGGUGUUCGCUUUCCCCCCAACUCCCCUGCUGCCUAUACCCCCAAUCCAUCUCUGCAACGGGCCAUCGGCAACCAGCAUUUUAGCCAGCAGGCCGUGCCUGCCCCGAGCCAGUUAACGCCGGCGGCCCAGAUGAAACCCCUCAGCCCCAUGACCCAGACGUUAAACGGACAGGCCGUUGGCCCGCUCAGGGGUCUCAGCCUCCGGCCCAGCCAGCUGCGAGGACAGACCGUGGCCAACCUGACGCCCUCGGGGACGGGCUUGAAUCCGACGGGCGCGGGCCUGACGCAGGCCCCGUCCCUACCGUCCGGGGCUUUCCCUUCUUCGAACCAAAGCUCCCGGGCUUUUCAGGGCACCGACCACGGCGGCGACCUGGCCUUUGACUUUCUCAACCAGCAAGCCGACACCAUGGGACCCGCACUGAACAGCGAUUCGGACUUCAUCGAUUCCCUGUUGAAAACCGAGCCCGGCAACGAUGACUGGAUGAAGGACAUCAACCUCGACGAGAUCUUGGGGAGCAGCUCUUAAAGGAGGACAUGGGUCCCUUGUGCCCACCACCCCCCAGACCCCGGCCCCAAUGCCGAGGCAGGGUCUUCCGAUGACUCUAAGGAAACCCGAACGUUGACUUUUCUAUUUGCCUUUCACUGCUCGGGCCUUGGGAGAUUCUGGGGUGUGAAUCGGGGUGCGCAUAAGUGUCCGCUCCAGCAGAACCUUUGGUCUGAAAGCGGGGUAGGGACCUUAAAUCAGAAGAAAGUUAGAAUCUGGGGUAGUAAACCACGGGCCUCUAAAGUGAGGCCUGGCCAAUGUAUUCAAGUGGUCCUGGAGAAAAACCAGACCCCAAACCCUUUUUUUUUCCCUUCCCAAAGCAAAAAUGGCAGAUUUGGCUUCUCGUUAAGCCUCUGCUUAACGACCGAAAGAUAGUGGCUUCCUUGACCACAGAACCACCCUUACUCUGACCCGAAGACUUCUGGUUGCCAUGUCACCACGUGUCCCUCGCUUCGAUUUCUGACAUUCUUGAAGCUUCCUCGAAGGGCUUCCAGGCCCUUCCGGAGCUGUCGGAAAGCACCUCCUAUCAGGGAGCGUCGGAAGCGGGAUGAGCAAUUUUCUUCCCCCCGCCCCCUCACUGCUCUGGGCCCAAGUUUGGAGCUCUUUGGGCACGUGGCAAACGGUGCUGUUCUGAGCCUUGCAAAGGAGUCUGGGAAACCUCUGGGGAGAGCCACCACUUGGGAUUGAAAAUGCAAUUUCUUCCACCCGUUCCAAGUUUUUGAACAGAACCAACCCCGGCCUAAACCUUUCUCAAACACUGGAAAUGCCUGUGGGCAUUAGAAUUCACUUUUCUCUUUGAAUCACUCUCAACUCUCCAGCUGGGCAGAGUCACAAAGGGCGUUUAUUUGGCUCAGAGUGUCAGUUGGGGCGUUGGGGAGGGGGGUGGUAGCUAGGGCAGGGGAAGAGGUGGUGAGAAAGAUGCUUGUUGUAUAAGCACCUCCUGCUGGUCAAUUCCAAAGAUGAAGGUCACACUUUUUUGUUGUUUUGUUUUGUUUUUGCUGGGAGCCAUCCCUCUUCCCGGGGCUGAGCUGAGACACGAUUUCUGAGAGUAAAGGAAGUCUGGGGCCGAUCGCCAGGGCUUACAUGAGAAGAGACAUCCUAAGUACCCAGAUUUAUCACCUGGAUCUUCCCAGGCCUAAAGAGGCUGGGUGGGAGGUACUGAGUUCCAGGGGUGCUCGUGAUCCUUGGUGGGGAAGCCACAACUGGAAUGAAACCAAGUUGCCCCUUGUCUGGCAUCCGCUCCGUGGCCAAGGCCAAUCAGAAUUUGCCUUUCGACGAGGCCCGUGUUUGAACAAAUCCAUGACUUUUCCUGCUUGGCAUAAAACCCAUCACUCGGGAAGGGCAGAAGGCCUGCCUGCCCCAGACAGCUCGCCCUUUGUUCACAUUUGGCUUUUAGGGUCCAGGUGUCGGUCUCUGGACCGCAUCCUGCAUCACCACAUCGACAUGCGCCUUGCUCGAUUUAUCUACAGAGUGGGAAUCCUUUCGCAGACUUGAUUCCCACCAAUAUGGUGUCUGAGAGGAAAGCGGUGUGAUUAAACAUUUUUAGGGAAUAAAGGUUAGGGUUGCCCUUUCAGUAGACAUAAAUUGGCAUUCUUCAAAGGUGAAUGAAUGAGACACUCAUACCCCAGUUCUAAAAUGUCAGGUUUUUCUGUGUUUUUUUUUUAAAAAAAAAAAAACAAAAAGCAUUUUGGCUUUCUGAAGGAUCUCUCGCCCAUUAAGACAGCUCGAUGCACUUAGCCUACACCAUCGACUCCCUCCCCGCUCAGAGCCGGGUUGUACAUAGAAAGAAAUGCUUCAUUUUGUAAACUUUUGUAAAAAAUAUUUUGGUAGAAAUAACUGAAAAAACAUAUCCUUUGGGUUAUAUUUAUACAUAUGUGAAAUAAAUAUGCUAUCAGAAAGUUAUAUUUUAUACAAAAAGUAAUUUGUUACCUUUUGUAUGCUAACAUACAAAGUUUUGUAUAAUAGGAUGGUUUAUUUUUAGCCAUAUACUUACAAACCAGAGGGGGUCGAGUGGGAACUUUUGAGAACUAUUAACAAGCUGACCAGAUCUAUACAAAUUCUGAAACCUCAAUCUGAAAACAUUCCAGGUUUUGAUGCUUUUUUUUCCUGCAUUCAUAGUCUCUUUUAAAUCAUAUCUCUUGUGUGCAGGGGUUAUUAUUAUUAAUUAGGCUGUAUGUGCUGUAUCUGUCUUAGUUGCAUAUGGUCUGCUGUGGGCCUUCGGAUUUUUUUAAAUCAGUAUUCCCUCAAGCUGAAAGAAAGCCUGACUGCACAUAAACACCUGUGUUUUAGCCUUCGCUGUGUGAUUGUGGAUGCAGAUAGCGAUGGGCAUACAUAUGUCUAAAUCCACCCACACCUGCUAGCGCUCUGCAGCUGCACUUGAUUUCAGCUUCUUUUUUACCCUAAGGAAACUAGUAUUUUUUUUUCAGUAGCAAUCAGAAUUAAGCAAGGUUAAAUCAAUCAGAAUGUUUGGAAUUUUUUUUCCUCAUGUGAAUCUCAUAAUUAAUGUCUAUUUAUUCAGCUAUUCAUUAAAAUACAGGAAUAUUUUCAAGAAUAAUGUAUCCUAUAGUUUCUGUUUGCUGGCAGCCGAUGGGCAGGGAGUGUGUGUUGUAUCGUAUUCUCCUGAGUGCUUAGUACAGUGCUCUGCCCUCAGCGUGUGCUCAAUAAAUGCCACUGAAUGAAUGAGUAUGAGGCAGUUUCCCCGAGCUUUAACACGAUAGGGCAGGUCGUCACAAUCGAAAUGUCAACAGAGAUGGGUAUCCAAAACUUGAGCGACUUUGAUUUUAGAGCUACUGGAAUAUAAUUAACCAUUUUCUGAAACAUCAGACCAUGGCAACGGUAGCAUUGUGUAUCUUCCUGGCAUAAUACAUAGGAGACAUAGAGUUUAGUUUUAUCGAAUCAAGGGCCUCAACAGUGUCGGCAGACAAUUCUAUGCUUUGUUGUUAAACCCAUUGAGGAAGAGAAGUGAAGCUCCUCCUAUAAAUGACUGCACUAAUAUCACUUGCAUCUAUGUACCACGGCAUAUACCCUUAACUUGUAAAGUACUUCAGCGUGUAAAGCAAUUAUUUUGUACUGUGUGUAAUUCAGUGUGUUUUCAAAAAAAAAAAAAAGAAAUAGUUCCAAAAAUA